CCGGAGUCAUUUGCAGAAAAGCCCAGGAAGUGAGAUCGGAGGAAGUGGCAUUUAACUCUUAAAUUGGCGCGUGGGAGCCAUGGCUGCUGCUGCUGUAGGGAGUCCCGUCCAGGAUCUCCGUAAUGAAUCCACUUGCUCCAUCUGCCUGGAUUACUUCAAGGAUCCAGUGACCAUCCCAGAGUGUGGGCACAACUUCUGCCGAUCCUGCCUGAUCCGGUGCUGGGGGGAAUCGGAGGCAGAGGCUUCCUGCCCUCGAUGCAGCAAAACAGUCCAGCAAAAGAAUCUCAUCCCCAACCGGCAGCUGGCAAACAUUGUGGAAUUAAUCAAGAAGCUCAGCCUCCAAGCGGGGAAGGAGGAAAGAGAAAAAGGGAAAGUCUGCAAGGAGCACCGGAAGCCCCUGAAGCUCUUCUGCAAGGAGGAUGAAGCCCCCAUCUGUGUGGUGUGUGGCAAAUCCAAGGAACAUGAAAAUCACAAGGUGAUUCCUCUGGAGGAGGCUUACGAGGAGUACAAGGGACUGAUCAGCAGCCGCCUGCAGAUCCUGAGGAGAGAGAGAGAGAAAUUUCUGGCCUAUCAAGCGGACCUGGAAAAGGAAAGCCAAGACCUCCUUAAAUUGACAGAAACGGAGAGGCAGAAAACGGUGGAGAAGCUCGGGCAACUGCGCCAGUUCCUGGAGGAACAAGAAAAACACCUGCUGAAUCAGAUAGAGGACGUAGAGGAGCGGAUUGCAAGGGAGAGGGAUGAGCAGCUGGCCAGAUUCUCCGGCGAACUCUCCUCUCUUGAAAGGAGCAUCCAGGAGUUGGAGGAGAAGCGCCAGAAGCCAGCAAAUGAACUCCUGCAGGAUGUGAGAAGCACCUUGCAGAGGUAUGAGAAAAGGGAGAAUCAAGAGAAUCCACUGGCUUUCUUUCCAGAGCUGAAGAAGAGGAUCUCGGAAUUUUGUGAUAUAAAUAUCCUUGUGGAGGAUGUCAUGGAACAAUUUGAAGAUGCUCUGUUAUUCAAAGAACAGCUUCAGGAAGAUGAUCCAUUACUCAUAAAUCUUCAGAGAGCAAAUGUCACUCUGGAUCCAGACACAGCCCAUCCCAACCUCAUCCUAUCUGAGGAUCGGAAAAGCGUGAGAUAUGGAGACAAAGAGCAAGACCUGCCCGAUAAUCCUGAGAGAUUCAACAGCCGUACUUCUGUGUUGGGACAUGAAGGAUUCACGGCAGGCUGCCAUUUCUGGGAAGUCACUGUGGAAAGUGAGGGAAAGUGGGUCUAUUGGACUGUGGGGGUCACUAGGAAAUCUGCAGAGAGGAAGGGUGACUUUGCCUUAAGUUCUGACGGAGGGAUCUGGGCUGUGGGGAAGUCGGGAGGUGAGUACAUGGCUUUUGACCCCCCUGAUUACCUUCCUCUGUCCCUGUUUUGGGAGCCCAAGAGGAUCCGGGUGACUCUGGACUAUGAAGGGGAGGAGGUGUCUUUUUCUGAUGCUGACUCCGGAACCGAACUCUACACGUUCUCAGGAGCCCCAUUCUCUGGAGAUACCAUCCUCCCUUUCUUUCACCUGUCAGGAGAUAAAACCCACUUCAGGAUCUCCUGAGGAGAUGGAAUCCGCCUCACAGGCCCAGCAAGAGUUUCUCUCUGGACCAGAAUGACUCAAGACUAAAACAACAACAGUAUUUGCCUCUCAAGGGCACUUUGGGAAGGAUUCAUUCCAGUCGAAAUGAGCAGAAAUAACAAAAUAGUCAAUAAAUUGUGGUUGUGGUU